CCGCGGAGCCCGGAUGAAUUGUAACGCCAUUACCGCCGGAGCCACCGAGAUCCCUAGCGGACGCGCAGUGGACGCUGACCGGCCGCACCAUGAGACUCCUCCCCCGCCUGCUGCUGCUGUUCCUGCUGGCCUUCCCCGCCGCCGUGCUGUUCCGCGCCGGCCCCGGAGGGUCAUUAGCAGUGGCUCAGGAUCUUACAGAAGAUGAAGAAACAGUGGAAGAUUCGGUAAUUGAAGAUGAAGAUGAUGAAGCUGAAGUAGAAGAAGAUGAACCCACAGAUCUGGCAGAAGAUAAAGAAGAAGAUGAUGUAUCUGGGGAACCGGAAGCUUCACCAAGUGCAGACACAACUAUCUUAUUUGUAAAAGGAGAAGAUUUUCCAGCAAACAACAUCGUGAAGUUCCUGGUAGGCUUUACAAACAAGGGGACAGAAGAUUUUAUUGUUGAAUCGCUGGAUGCUUCCUUUCGUUAUCCUCAGGACUACCAGUUUUACAUCCAGAAUUUCACAGCUCUUCCUCUAAACACUAUAGUGCCACCACAGAGACAGGCAACUUUUGAGUAUUCCUUCAUUCCUGCAGAGCCCAUGGGGGGACGGCCUUUUGGUCUGGUCAUCAAUCUGAACUACAAAGAUUUGAACGGCAAUGUUUUCCAAGAUGCUGUCUUCAAUCAGACAGUUACAGUUAUUGAAAGAGAGGACGGGUUGGAUGGAGAAACAAUUUUUAUGUAUAUGUUCCUUGCUGGUCUUGGACUUCUAGUUGUUGUUGGCCUUCAUCAACUCCUAGAAUCUAGAAAGCGCAAGAGACCCAUACAGAAAGUAGAAAUGGGUACAUCAAGCCAAAAUGAUGUUGACAUGAGUUGGAUUCCUCAGGAAACUUUGAAUCAGAUCAUGCAGAGUAGAAGAGAUAAAGCUUCUCCAAGAAGGCUGCCCAGGAAGCGGGCACAGAAGAGAUCGGUGGGAUCUGAUGAGUAAAUGUUCUUUGUGCAACAGUUCAGUCUGUGCUUCCCCUGCCCUAAUGUGUUUUGGCCUGAUGGGAAUUAGUGCAGAGAAGCCAUAUCACCAUAGAAGGCAACUGCUGCUUAGGUGUGGACUGAGCAGUCAGAGCCUGUGGGAUAAUACUGCUGAAAAAGCACUGCAUUCGUUUUUCUAAAGUGACAAAUUUGGUUGUUUUUUUGUUUUUUUUUUUCCUUUUUUUAAACCAUUAAACUGUGUGGGUGUGAAUGUCUGAGCAGUUGUCUUACAAGAAUCAUUGUUAAACUACCUGAAACACGCCUUUAGAAUACUCAGCAAAAUGCUGUUGUCACUUCUCUUGUGAUAAUUUCUGAUUUUUUUGCCCCCAAGCUCAAUAUUUGUCCCCAGUGUGUGGUUUUAGAUGUUCUGCCAUGAAUUAUUUUGAGGAAAUAAUUUGUUUCUUUCUUGGACUCGAUCACAUGCAAACCGAUGGCACAAACUGGCCUUUGCUUGCUGUCUGCCUCAGCUUCUAUUCUAAAGGCACGUGCAGGAGUGGCUACCGUCUGGGCAGCAGCGGCAUGGUGGCUGUUUGCCGCUGUUUACUGUGUGAACACCUGCAGGAACUUACCAAUGGAGUCAAGGAACUUUGGAAUCUCUAGCAACAAAAUUGUGAAACCUGACAACUCUGCUGAUGUUGAUAUAUAAAUCCUAAUUCCACGCCUGUUUUUUGUUUUUUUAACAAAAAAUAGUAUGUUGUGUAAACGGGGUUGUUGUGUUGUCCGUUGUGUGUGACACGGGAGAGCUCUCGAGUGACCUCCUUUCUUUGCUUCUUGCUUGUUUGUUGGCUUUAAGCAGAGUGUUUAUUCUUAGAAAUUGUCCUGGUCUACAGACCAAGGGGAUCAAAUUUUAGGGGCAGGGAUACAUUUUAGUUAAUCCUAAUCUACAAAAACAUUAACUAAAAAGUUUUAAGGUUACAAGGUUUAUCUUUUAAUCUGAUUUUUUUUUUAUUGUUGACCUACUUUUUUCCUUUGUUAAUUUGAAAGAUUCCAAAACUUUAAGCACUUGGGAUUUCAGGACCAAAAUUAAGUUGGUUUUGAUAACAAUCCCUUUAGUCACUCUUGCCUGAACUAGUGAAUUAAGUUUGGCAUUAUUGUCAGACUUACUGGAAAUUAAAGUAACUUUGAAUGUGAAUGGGUAAGAGGCUUCCCUCUGUUUUUAAGCCAUAUUCUCCAUGUGUGUGUUACAAGAAAGUGCUAAUUUCAGUAGUGUUCUAUUCCUAACUUCUUUUAAUUUUCUUUGAAUGAUCCAAUCCCUUUCCCACACACCUAAAGGAAAACAACAAAAUAGAUACAGAGACAGACCUUGCAAGCUAUUUAAUGUGUGAGCCAAAGCCAAUAACCAUAGAAGGUCUUCUGUAAUUGUUAAUCACUUUGCAAAGGGGGCUGAAAUGUCAAAUUGCCUGUAUUUGCAUUGCUGGACUGUAAACUUUUUAUGCCUGUAAUGUAAUGUGUGUGGGUUUUUACUUGAGCUGUAUAAUGAGUUUAUUUUGAAAAGGUUCGUUGAGGCCUGAGGAACUGUAUGGUUUUUGACUUGAUGUAUCAUAUAGGAGACCCUUUUUUUCUCAAGAAUCAUUUUCCAGAACCUUCUGUGAAUAUCAAAGUUUGUUAAGCUACUGUAACAUACUACAGUAAGGUAUAAGCAAUUAAAACCUUUAAAUGGCCAGUAGAGUUUGACUAAACACCUGGUAGAAACAUGGGCAGUUGCAGAAACCGCACUUACAGCUGCCACGCUCUCAUCCCUGAGUAAUUGCCUUAUACACCAGCUCUUCGUUCUGAGGCCCAGAGUAGAGCCUCGGGCGUGUAGAAUGUAUUACUUUUUAGUGGAGACUGGGGACAGCUGAUAACUCCGAGUCUUCAAGUGCCAGGCGUCUACUAUAGCAUCAGUAAGUAUAUAGCAGAAACUAACUCCACAAUGAAUGGAAUUCAAUUCCACACAUGGUUUGUUCAAGCACACUUAAUAAGUAGUCUACUUUUAAAUGUCUUAUGAAAAUGUAAAUAAUUGGAUGAAGCGCUUUUUUUUGUUUAUUUUUUUUUCAAUAUAGUCAUUUGCAUCAUCAACCUUGGUUUCAGAAUUUAUCUUUUGAGUAAGUCGGUUUCAGAAUCUGUUAAAUGAACUUAAGGACCAUGUUUAUCAAACCUGUGACCCAGACCUUUGAGAAUAAUUUGUUAUAAAGCAUGAUCCCACUCUGGGUGUACAGCUUCAUCAUUUGAAUCAUGUUUUGUAGUAAGGGACUUUGGGACUAAUAAACUGUCCACUGAAAUGUUGCCUGAGGAGUUUGGCAAGGAGAAAUGAGACUUUGUAAAAGCCCAGGGGGAAAGAGCCAAGUAGAAAUGAGAAGUGUCAGGAACAAUAGAAAAUGGAACUUUGAUGGUGGUGUAACUAGUUCCUCAGCCCAGUAUUGUUAGGGAGAGAGGCAGAAAAUGGAACUUUGAUAGUGGUGUGACUAGUUCAUCAGCCUAGAAUUGUUAGGGAGAGAGGCAGGUGAAACGACCUUGAAACAGUCGUGCUAGAUUUUGGGGGUAUAGUAGAUGACAUUACAUUCAUCUCUUGUAGUACACAGGUGUUCAUACUCUUGAUAUGAAGGGAAGUGUGCUUGGUAGUGUUUCUGAGUCAGGAAUUUUUGUUUGUUUUUAGAUGGGGUCUCAACAGCCUUGCUCAGAAUGGUCUUGAAUUCCUACAGUAUGGUAUGAAAUAAUUUUAAUUUAGCUCAAAACAAUAUAUAUGCUCUCAUCAAGAUGUUGAUAGGCCUUGGUUUUUCUUUGAGUUCCAAAAUUGUAAGAGCUUAAAUUAAGACUAUUUCCCGAUACAGUGGAAGAACUUACACAGUAUUGGUUGGCAUUUAUAGCCAUAGAACUAGUCAGAGUACUUGAUCUAUAUUUCUUAAAUAAAUCCUCCCUUACUCAGCUUAGCAAAGAGCAGUCUAAAGGUCACAUUUCUUGGUAGCAGUGUAUAUGUGUGAUGUUGGGUUAUUCUAGUCUGUUCCAGAGAAAAUGACCUGUGCAGAGUACUUCCUAAGAAGGGAGAACAGGGCUUAGCAAUUAUUGCAGAUAGCUAAGCAAUAGUUGCUUCAGGACAUUAAUUUAGUUGAUACUUGCAUGGUUUUAUCCCUUUCUCAUUUACACGAAACCUAGACUUGUAAUUCUAGCUGAAGUUCUCAGAGUCUUUCUAGAUAGAAUUGUGUAGAAACACACACUGAAGCUGGUACCCUGCAGUUGCCUUUGUAAGGGAGUGGAAAGGGAAGCUUAUUUGUUGAGCAUGAGUCUUGAGAUGUACUCGGUGGGCCUUCCUGUUCACAGCAGCUCACUGGGGAAGCUGUAUUGCUCUCACUUAGUACAUGGAAAAAGAGUCGUUGAAUUUAAGUGAUUUGGAGUCUGUAUGUUAAGUAUGACUUCAGAGAUGUCUUUAAAAACCUCAGUGUUCUUUCCCUAUACUCCAGACAACAUGGACAUUUUAUAAAAUCCAAGCAUUUGGGCAGCUUACAAAUACUCAUUUCCCAGAACCCAGCAGCUAGAAAGUUGAGAUAGCCUUGUACUGAACAUCCAGCAUGAGCCUGUACCAUGUACGCAUUGAACACACUUGCCACUUAGCUCAUAGGCGCUGCAGGGAUGCGCCUUUGCACUUUGCUGUGUCUCUGUAGUGAAGAAUUUAUAUGGUUCUUUAAAAACAGCUUCUGGCAGUGUGUGGUGGCCCAAACCUGUAAUCCCAGCACUGGGGUGGCAGAAAUAGAAGAAUCCUAAAGUCCAGCCUGGCCACAUAGCAAGUGCCUGUUUCAAAAAAACAAAAACAAUUUGGAUUGUUUGAAUUUAUUUAGUUGAAAUACCCAUAUUCGUAUUAGAGAUGUAAUAGCUGCUUGUAUUAUACAGGCAGGUGGGGACAGGCCUGGAGUUUCUAUUCAGUUUGGAUUUUCUUUAGGCACAAUAAGACAUUGCAAAGAAAAUCUAGUGUACCUGGAAAGCCCAAAGGAUAAGUCAGAGGUAAUUUGUGCCUAUUUUGUUCCUUUGCUUUCCCUUAUACAGACUUCUGUAGGUGCCUGUGACAGCCGUUCCUCCUAUUGUUACAUCUCCCUCUGCUAGAUUGUGAGGCCCAAGAUCUGUGUAUUGACAACCCCUAGUUCAGUUAGGUAGAAACCUGUUAGUGCCUAAAGAAGCAACAAGGGCGAAGGCUGGUGGAUCUCUGAGUUUGAGGUUAGCCUAAUCUACUUAGUGAGUUCUAGGCUAGCCAGAACUACAUAGUGAGACCCUGUCUCAGGAAAAAAGGCAACAUGGACUGGGAACAUAGCUCAGUUGCCAGUGGCCUUGCAGGCCUGAGGACUUGGGUAAGGGUAACACCCAAGGUUGUCCUCUGGCCUCCAUACGCCUGCAGUCUGAAGGCGUUGUAGACGCUGCAGAUUGGUGUGCAUUGAGUGAAGCGCUUCCUUCGUGGGCACAUGGCCCUGAGUUCAGUUCUUAGCACCAAUAAAUAAAAGUGCUCAAGUCAGAUUUAUCAAGCCCUUGCUCCGUGUUCAUUCGUGCACGGCCAUCAGCUAUGCAACAGGAGUCUGGGACAUCCACUUCUGCGUUCGGUUGCUGCCUAGGACUUAUUGGAGGAAUAAGGAAGGUGUAAGGUGUACCUGAUGAGUAUGUGCUCAUCAUGCACACAGUAGGCUCGCCUGUGUUCUAGUGGCUGUAAGUCCUGCAGAUGCUCCAGCUUCCACGGUCUGCUCUUCUCCUUUGUCAGAAUGUCCCGACUUAGUUCUGCCCGGGCAAAGCCUGCUCUUGUAGGGUCUUGUGGCACUCCACGUGACCAGAGCCACCUUCUUUCAGCUCCCUGGCCUCCACCAGCCUCUAGUUCACUUCCCGUCUGCGGCCAUGCUCUGGGGGACGACCAGCUUCACCACGUCAGAGUUUCACCACCACUCCAUGUUUCACGUUGAGCUUUCUUAUUUCAGUCCCGAGUGCUUUGAUCAAAAUUAUUUCCUUCAGGGCCAUUGUAACUGCCUGUGUCCCACUAGUCUCUUCCCGGGCCAGUGACAUGUUCUCUCUCCAGCUCUCUGUGUCACUUUUUAGCGUCACGACUCCCCUUUUAUCUAGCCUUAAUGAAUGAAUGGCAGCUAACCCUAGCUCUGCUGUGAAUUAACGUUUGAUUUCAGUUCUGAGAUAACUUCACGUUUUCUGUUUCCCCAUCCCCUUCAGGGGAUGGAGCUGCUAUCUUAACUUAGUGCUUACCCCCUUGUGGUUUCCCUGAAGCAGGCUCAUUGUUGGGAAGCUUUACAGUAUGUGGUCUUCAUGGAGAUGUUUCUGAAGGUGUUCUUUGGGUAUCUUGUGUGAUCAGUGAAAAUGGGGGUAAUGGAGCCGUAAUUCUCAUGCAGCUUCCGCAUACAUUCAUUCCUCUUGAGUGUUGAGAUGACUGCUAAGUCUGAUGAACUCAAGAUGUAAAGAUCCUGCGUCUGAAACUGCUUUGCCUCUGUUUCCAAGGCACAGCUGUGAUUACAACUGAUGAGGAAAGCAUUGCUGCCUUUUGUAUAAAAACUUUCUUGAGUGCUAGCCCAUGUCACUGGUUGGCCUUCAGAGACAAGAUGCACAAAGAUAUCUAAAAUACUAAACAGAAGGAGAAGGAAAAGCAAUGGUCCGGGCGUGAUGGCGCAUGCCUUUCCUCCCAGCACUUGGGAUGUAGAAAGAGGUAGGUAUGUCUCCUUGAGAGUUCAGGCCAGCCUGCUCUAUUUACUGAGAUUCUGUCUAAAAUCAAAUUUGAUCGUGAUUGUUUGCCCAGAAUUGUUUUUCAAAGUUAAUAUAUUAUCUACAUACAAAAAAUGUUGCCAUUCCAGGUAACAAAAUAGUAUUGUAGAAUCAAGAGGACUAACAAUGAAUCCAUACCAAGCUUGAUGAUACAGGCCUUUAGCCCCAGCUGCGGCAGGAGGAUUGUGGCCUGUAGGCCUUCUUGGUCUGUAGGAUGAUUUCAAGGCCAGCAACUUAAUGAGACGCUGACUGAAUAGAGCUGGGGGUGAUGCUCAGCAGUAGAGAGUAUGUUUCGGGUGUAUGAGGCCCCGGGUUCCAGCCACAGCACGUGUAUACACGUGUGCGUUCACACACAUAGGCUCACACACACUUCAUGUGUUCGCCGGGCUGUUGCCUUUGCUGAUCAUGGUCAUAAAAGAUGCAUGAGGGUUCAAAGACGCAGUAGCCCCCAGGUGGCCCUCCAAGCUCUGCUUGGUGAAAUCCCACUGUAUGUUCCUCACUGAAAGGUCACUUGACUAGAGGCUGCAAACUUGGAGAGUCCGACUUUAUAACUAAUGUCUUCAGUCUCCUGAGAAAGAAAAACAUGCUCUGAAGAUCAGAAAAAGCAAGGACUAUACCAACCAGUAUUUUUAUGUUUUCUUCUAAAUGCUUGGAACAGUAUUAAAGUUCAGAUUAAAUGCUAAACCUAGGGAGAGACAUACCAAAAUGCUGAUGUAGUCUUUGUGCUAGGGUGGGGAAUUCCUUUCUUUUCAAAAUGUCUGUAAAGUGCUUAUAUUUUAAAAUGAAAGCAAUAAAUAUGAAUGCUGACUUCA